AUGGGCUGGAACGCAAGCCGUUGCGAGUAUCAGAACCUCGAGGCAUCCAGCGAUCGACCUUCUUCCUCUCUCUGCCCUACAGAUACGGCCUGCCUUGCACCAUCUGCUCCGGCCUUCUCCAUUGGCUCAUAUCGCAGAGCAUAUUCCUGGUACGCACGACCACUGUACAACAACGAUGGGAGCCGAAACCCGGCCGAGGACAGUUCCCGUGUGGGCUUCUCGCCUAUAGGCAUCAUCAUGGCUCUCUCUCUCGCCGUGACUGUGAUCAUCGCUCUUGUCGCCCUAGACCUUUUGAGACGGUAUCCCGGCGGGAAAGAAGCAGUCCCGAUAACGUCUACCCACAGUGGUGUGAUUAGCGUCGCUUCUCACCGUCCUCCGGGCGAUACCGAGGCCCACUUGCUACCCGUCCAAUGGGGAGCAGUCAUUUCGGAAGACGGCGUGGUACGUUGCUCCUUCACAACGGCCAGAGACGUCAAGCCCCUCAUGGUAGGCUAA